AUGGCUAGCGACGAAGAAACACCGAAACACACAGGCCACAAGCCUAAAUCUCAAAACACAGAGACCAACGAUGUCUCUGAUCCCUUUUAUAUACAUCAUUCAGACCAAACUGGUCUGACACUUGUCACUCAACUCUUGGAUGGUGACAAUUAUGCAACUUGGAGUCUUGCAAUGAUAAUGACUUUGGAGGCAAAGAACAAACUUGGCUUUGUGGAUGGGACGAUCAAAGCACCAGCCACAACCAGCGCCAAAUACCCCAUCUGGAGAAGAUGUAACCAGAUGAUCAAGUCUUGGAUCCUCAACUCCAUCAGCCCCUCUCUGGCUAACACCAUCAUCUAUGCAAAUACAGCUGCUGAGGUUUGGCUAGAUCUCAAAGAACGCUUCUCUCAAGGGAAUAUUUCCAGGAUUUUCCAGAUUAAACGAGAUAUUGCCGAACUUCGACAACAUCAGCAGUCUAUAUCCGUGUAUUACAACACAUUGAAAGGUCUUUGGGAUGAGUUGGGAUCAUAUGCUCCCGUGCCAUCAUGUAAGUGUAAUCCCAUGUGUGCUUGUGGAGUCCUAAAGGAACUCACUGACAGAGAACAACAAGAGCGAGUUCUUCAAUUCCUUAUGGGCCUGAAUGAAACCUACUCCGCAGUUCGCACACAAAUCCUACUAAUGUCACCCUUACCUUCUGAGCGUAAGGUAUAUGGGAUGCUUGUACAAGAAGAAAAACAAAGGCAAAUAGCUGAAAGUGGGGAGAAUAAUUCUUCUCAUGCAAUGAAUAUAUCGAGAAACACCAAUAAGCAGCCUCGCCCAGUGCAAGGCGAAGAUAACAAAAACCUUCACUGCACAUACUGUGAUGGUGACACUCAUACCAUGGAUCGAUGUUAUUAUCUUCAUGGAUUUCCAACCUGGCACAAGUUGCAUGGAAAGACAAUCAAGCCACCAAAUAGAAACAAGCGUGCAGCAGCCAACAAUACCAACAAGGAGGGAGCCAAGACAUCUGCUGCCAAGACCCCUGAAGAUUUAAAAUUUACAGCUGAUGAAGUGUGCCAAAUCAAGGCAAUCCUUCGAGGUGAUGGUAAAAAUCAAGCAUUUGCGAACGCAGCAGGUAUGACUAAACCUCAGUGCUAUGCCUUUGCCACGGAUCAUCCAGAUUAUUGGAUCAUUGAUAGCGGUGCAAGUGAUCAUAUUACUUUUUCCUCCAAAUUAAUUCCAGAAAAGUCCUCACCUUUUAAUUCCUCAGUCACCAUGCCAAAUGGAACACAAGCAAAAAUCACUUGUGUUGGUUCUAUCAAUCUCACCUCUCACCUAAAAUUACAUGAUGUUCUUUGUGUCCCCGGAUUUCGAGAUUUAACCUCGAGGAAGAUGAUUGGAUUGGGGAAGGAGCGUGAUGGUUUGUACUAUUUAGUACCAGUCACCGAAGAUUUUCUUCGUGAGCAUAGUCCCACAAUUGCGAAUGUUGCACAACCCUCUUCAACAACAAAUCUCUGGCACAAACGAUUGGGUCACUUGUCUAGUGGUCCAUCUCGAGUGCCAGAUAUUUCUUAA